AUGGCGACGCCUAUGCCCGUUGUUGACAGCAUCGAGAUAGAAGCCACGGUUCCUCCGCUAACUAGCGACAAACGAGACGCUAUACUGGCACUGAAACAUGUUUCUGAGACAGAAACAGGAGAGCUAAUAAUACCCAAAGAAAAUCCAGCAUCGACACCCUUAUGGUGGAGCAGGAUAAGAGCGGAUUGCCGCCUGGCCUUUUCAGAGUUCUUCGGCACACUGGUACUGGUUCUCUUUGGCAACGGAGUAGUUGCCCAGGUCGUCCUUAGCGAGAAUAAGAAGGGGGAUUAUCAGUCUAUUUCUUGGGGUUGGGGCCUCGGUGUCAUGCUAGGCGUCUACGUCAGCGGCAUAUCCGGUUCUCAUAUCAACCCUGCAGUGACAUUCGCGAACUGCGUCCUUCGAAAUUUCCCCUGGCGGAAGUGGCCCCUAUACGCCAUCUCCCAACUCCUGGGAGGCAUGUGCGCCGCAGCCAUCGUAUACGGUAAUUACAAAUCGGCCGUUGAUACCUAUGAGGGUGGACCGGGAAUCAGAACUGUCCCUGGAUACUCAGACACUGCUUCAGGAGGCAUAUUCUGCACUUACCCUGCUGAAUUCAUGACCCGGACAGGUCAAUUCUUCUCAGAGUUCGUUGCCAGCUCCAUUUUGAUGUUUGUAAUCUUUGCCCUGACCGACAAUGGCAACAUGGCGGCUGGCCCUUUCAUGCCAAUUGCGAUGUUCUUCGCCAUUUUCGGCAUAGGUGCAUGUUUUGGAUGGGAGACAGGAUAUGCCAUCAACCUUGCUCGAGAUUUUGGACCCCGGCUGGUCUCAUAUAUGAUUGGGUAUGGUCCGGAAGUAUGGAGAGCAGGAAACUAUUACUUUUGGGUACCAGUGGUGGCGCCCUUCUGUGGGUGCACAUUCGGCGGCUGGCUGUACGAUAUGUUCCUCUACGUCGGAGCAGAUAGCGUAAUAAACACACCUUACCUAGGCCUACACCGAUUUGUGAGGCCGUUGGCCCAAAAACACCAAGACGCCCAAUGCCCCGUUUGA